AUGAACCAGUACGACAAAACAGAUUAUAAAGCUCAAUCAACAUUCAGAAGUGCAGAAAUGUGUUUGUGUCAAAUAUUUCUGCAAAGCGAAUCUGCAUAUGCUUGUGUAGCCGAGCUUGGAGAAUUGGGAGUAGUUCAAUUUAGAGAUUUAAGUCCUGAUUUAAACCUAUUUCAAAGAAAAUAUGUCAAUGAAGUUAGACGGUGUGACGAGAUGGAAAGAAAACUAAGAUAUUUGGAGGCCGAGAUUAACAAGGAUAAAAUAAGGAUGUCGUAUAAGGGAGAGAAUCCUCCAGCCCCAGAACCAAGGGAAAUAAUUGAUUUAGAGAGUACAUUUGAAAAACUAGAAAAUGAGUUAAAAGAAGUAACCCAAAACGAAAUAACGCUAAGAACGCAUUUUUUGGAACUUACUGAAUUAAAGCACGUGCUUGAGAAAACAACUAUAUUUUUAGAAGGGGUGUACGAGCCGCCAGAGGAUCAAACAAAUUUUCCAAAUGAGGAAGGACGUGCAUUGGCAGCGAGACUAGGCUUUGUAACUGGCGUGAUAGUUCGCGAUAAGCUUCGCACUUUUGAAAAUGUGAUAUGGAGGGUUUGCCGCGGCAACGUAUUUAUUAGACAAGCGGAAAUUGAGGAUGCCCUGGAAGAUCCGGCAACAAGAGCAAAAACCCACAAGUCGGUAUUCAUUAUAUUCUACCAGGGAGAUCAGUUAAAAGUAAGGGUAGUAAAAGUAUGCGAAGGAUUUAGAGCAACGAUCUAUCCAUGUCCAGAAAAUUUCUCAGAACGGCAUGCAAUGGCAAUUGUGGUUAAGUCAAGAAUAAAAGAUCUAAAUAUAAUUUUAGAUCAAACUAAUGGACAUCGCAAAAGAGUAUUAAAAACAGCAGCAAAAAAAAUCAAAGUAUGGUACAUAAAAGUUCGAAAAAUUAAAAGUAUUUUUCACACUUUAAACCUUCUUAAUAUGGAUGUUACUAAAAAAGGCCUUAUAGCUGAAUGCUGGGUGCCUUGUCUUGAAAUCAAUAAUAUAAGUAUUGCCUUAAGAAGAGGAACGGAGGCAAGUGGAAGUUCUGUACCUCCAAUUCUAAAUAAAAUCAAUACAAAUGAGACUCCACCAACCUAUAUCCAUGUAAACAAAUUUACAUCUGCUUUUCAAUCGAUGAUAGAUUCAUACGGCAUAGCUUCCUAUAGAGAAAUCAAUCCUGCUCCCUUUACAAUAAUAAGUUUUCCGUUUCUCUUUGCUGUUAUGUUUGGAGAUAUAGGGCAUGGUUUAAUUAUGACUUUAUUCGCAGCCUGGAUGGUUAUUAAAGAAAAGGCGAUUAAAAAUAAAAUCAAUAGUGAGGUAAUAGUCAUUUAUUAG